AUGGCCAUGAAGAAGCUGGUGCCGCUGCCGAGGAAGGUGGAGCGCCGCGAGGUCCGAAGGGAGGACAAGGCCCUGGUGGCGGCCAACAUCGACAAAGCCAUCGAGAAGGAGCUGCUCGAGAGGCUGAAAAAGGGCACGUACGGGGACGUGUACAAUUUUCCGCAGGCCACCUUCGACAAGGUGCUCUCCAAGGAGGGCGUCGAGAGCGACGAGGAGGAGGACGCAGAGGGCGAGGAGGAAGAGGAAGAGGAGCUCGAGGAGGAGCUGGAGAAGGAGUUUGUCGCCGACUUCGCCGAGAGCGACGAGGAGGCUGACAUUGAGGACUACGGCGCUGACUCGUCGGACAGCGACACGGAGUCGGCGGCGGCGGCGGCGGCGGCGCGGCCGGCUCCCUCGCGGACCAAGCGGCCCCGGGUGGAGAUCGAGUACGAGUACGACGGCCCGUCCACGAGCAAGGUCAAGUCGUGACGGCGCGGCCGGGCGGAGCGCGGCGCCCGCUGCUGGGGAGGGGUCUGACCGUUUGAAUACACAUCUGAUCGCCUGUGA